UAGUGCAUAUUUUUUAAGUGCUAGUUUUUUAAUUAAUAAAAUAUAAUCACUUAGACCACAUAAAAAAGAUCACCAAUUAAAAAAUAUCACCAAAUCAGCUGUUAUCCGUCAAUCGAUGUCAACAAAAUUACAUAAUUUUGUUUGGAAAAACAGUGAAGCUAAUAUUUUUGAGUGUCAUUUUCAAAUUUUUAAACAUGUUUUUUGAAUUUAAUGCUUCCACAGUAAAAUUGUUAAAGUAAAUGUGUACACAGAAGCUAAUCAGAUUGGUGAAUUUGAGUACUUUUUUUUAGAAUGUAGCCAAACUACACUACUAUGGAUCAUAAUAAUAUAAUUGAAUGCGCUGGUUUUUAUUUCAUACAUAAUUUUGAUUCUGGAAACCUGGGACAUGUGGAACGAGUGCCUACGGAGUUCAUUACUCCAUCUGUUAAUCCGAAAACAAAUGCAGCUGAAACCCCUGACUAUGAAUUCAAUUUGUGGACUCGACCCGAUUGCGCGGGUACUGAGUUUGAGAAUGGAAACCGCACCUGGUUUUAUUUUGGUAUUCAAGCUAGUGAACCAAAUGUACAGGUGCGGCUGAAUCUUAUAAACUUGAAUAAACAAGGCAAGAUGUACAACCAAGGGAUGGCGCCUGUGACUAGAACUUUGCCAGGAAAACCACAAUGGGAAAGAAUAAGGGAUCGUCCAGUUCAUUCUACGGAUGACAACACUUUUACACUGAGCUUUAGAUACCGUACAUCAGAAAAUCCAAAGGCAACAACAUUCUUUGCUUUCACAUAUCCAUAUUCUUUUGCUGAACUGCAAAUAGCUCUUAACUCCAUUGACUUAAAAAUGUUGCCAUUGCCGCCGCCGCAGUCACCUGAUGAUAUUUAUUAUUGCAGAGAAUGUUUGAUUUAUUCUUUAGAAGGUCGGCGAGUAGAUCUAUUAACAAUAUCAUCACACCACGGCAUAACCACGGAGAGGGAAGACAGAUUGAAGAACCUGUUCCCUGAUAACCAAGAAAGACCUUUCAAGUUUCAAAACAAAAAGGUUAUAUUUGUGUCAGCUCGAGUUCACCCAGGAGAGACGCCUUCGAGUUUCGUCUUCAAUGGCUUCCUCAAUCUCCUCCUCAUGAGGAACGAUCCCAUCGCGAUACAAUUGCGGAAGCUGUAUGUGUUCAAACUGAUCCCUUUCCUGAACCCCGACGGGGUGGCGAGGGGACACUACCGGACGGACACCCGGGGAGUCAACCUGAACAGGGUGUACCUUAACCCGUCGCUGACUCUCCAUCCUACCGUGUACGCAUCGAGGUCACUUAUAAGAUAUUAUCACUUUGGAUGUGAAAAAGAGGACGAUAUAUGCGAGGAAAGCAACAGCUUCACUGCGCGAAGUGUUCCAAAUAUUAGCGAAAGUGCCGAGUUGAUCGAAACCAAGAAGAAGAGAAGCGUCACCUCCCCAACAUACAAACGCGAUAAGAUCAAGACAACAAACAAAUCUACCGGCGUGUUGAAACACGUCUCAGCUGAUUGCUCAAAAGAGGUCCAGUCGUUGAGUAGCGAAGCUGGGAACCUCGCAGAACAGGUAUAUGACAUGAAACUCCAAGAGAUGCCGUUACAAGCGAGCGAAGUUACUUCGAACGUUUCGAACUCAAAUGUAGGAGAUAGUUCGUCGCUACUCAACGAAUCGGUUCUGAAGUCAUGUCUGGGGUCCAGCGUCCACCUCAGCACGAGUGAAGAGCUGAACGUUCAUGGCAAUAACCCCCUGAAACCGUUGAGGGAGACGCUGAAGAAUAGCAUAAGUUUGCUAAUGGAAUCGUCAUCCUUCAUUACCGAAGAGGCGGUGCGCGGUCGCGUGCGCGCGGGCUGGUGCGGCGAGUGCCGGCGGGCGGCCUCGCGCCUCGACACCACCUCGCCCGGCCUCGCCACGCUGCUGCCCGGAUACUCCGCCGCGAUGCGCCCCGAGUCCCCCACGUACCACAGCAUAGAGGAGUACAGGGAGCACCAAAGACGACAAAUAGAUGAUCAGGAGCGUAAGCUGCACGACGCUGAAUUUGUGGAUAGUUCCGAAAGUCUCUAUUUCUGUACAAAUUGUUUUAAGAGAUAUAUUAUUACACAAGAGAAUGAAGAAAUAAACGUGCAGGAGGGCGCGGCGCACGCGAGCACGGGCGUGUCGGCCGGCGACCACUGCUCGCUGCUCCCGCACUCGCCCGCGCACUCGCCUGCGCACUCGCCCGCGCACUCGGCCGCGCACUCGCCGGCACACUCGCCCGCCGGCAGCACAGGAGAUGCCCUCGUACUGCCCCCUCUCCAGCAGCCCACCCUGCCAAAGGAAGAGAAAUCCAAGUCUAUCUCGAACAAGCAGCCGAAGAAGAAACCCUUGCCCCCUCCCGUGCCCCCUGGGGCACCUACCGCGCCUCGCGUGCCCUACAAAGAGGUCGAUUCUGGCCUCUACCUGUACAUAGACUUACACGGACACGCCUCGAAAAAAGGCAUAUUCAUGUACGGGAACCACUUCGAGGACCUCGAGAGCUGCGUCGAGUGCAUGCUGCUGCCGCGCAUCAUGUCCCUCAACAACUUGCACUUCCACUUCUCCUCGUGCAACUUCACGGAGAGAAACAUGUACCUCAAAGACCGGCGCGACGGCAUGUCCCGCGAGGGCUCGGGCCGCGUGGCCGUGCUCAAGGCCACGGGGCUGGUGCGCUCCUACACGCUGGAGUGCAACUACAACACGGGCCGCCUCGUCAACGUGCUGCCGCCCGCCGCGCGCGACCCGCCCGCGCCCCCCGCCGCGCCGCCCGCCGCGCCGCCGCCGCCCAAGUACACGCCGCACAUCUUCCAGGAGGUAAGACACUAUCGCGCUAAGAAUAUGGAGUUUUUCGAAGAGAUAGAUCCACUGAAGGUGGGGCGAUCCCUCGGCGCGUCGAUCCUGGAUCUAACGGGACAACACCCCAACUCGCGCAUCCCGUGCUCCGAGCACCGCAACCUGUCCGCCGUGCGCGACUGGCUGCGCGCGCACACGCGCACGCUGCGCCCGCAGUGCUAAGUCACUCCCAAAACUUCUAUAUAAAAAUCAAUCACCAGCCUAAUACAAAAUAUUUUGGUUGACAACCUCUCGAUUACGACCGAAAACGUCGUCACCCUCACGAAUGCCGCUCUUCGCGCGCUCCAAAGCCAAGGU